AUGGUAGCAGAUGCAUGGAGUAGAAGGGCUUCCUUGCUAAUUACCUUUGCCCAAGAGAUAGUAGGUUUUGAGUUCCUGGAAGAGUUGUAUGAAAGUGAUGUUGAGUUCAAGGAGUUAUGGAUCAAGUGCAGUGGAAAACAUCCUUGUGCAUAUUUUCAUAUUCGAGAUGACUAUCUUUCUAAAGGGGAUCAAAUAUGCAUUCCUUGCUCCUCUUUAAGAAAGAAGCUAAUUCGAGACUUGCAUGGUGGUGGUCUUAGCGGUCAUAUGGGUAGAGACAAGACCAUUGUUAGCCUUGAGGAAAGAUAUUAUUGGCUACACUUGUGGAGGGACAUUGGUACUAUAGUUAGGAGGUUUUAUACUUGUCUGGUUUCUAAGGGUCGGUCUCAAAAUACUGGUCUUUAUAUGCCUUUACCUAUUCUUGACGAUAUUUGA